AUGACAACCCCCUCCCCCGACCAAAUCAAAACCCUCGAGCAAUCCCGCCAACGCCUAAUCCAACUCACGCACUCCCUGGGCUCGCUAAUCACAAGUCUAAACCAAUCCGACCCGUUACCAUCAUGGCCCUCCCUCCAAACCCAAGCGAGCAUCAUCUCCAACAACCUCCAAAGCAUCUCCACGCACCUCUCCGAGAACCACGAGUUACUACGCAGCAUAUCCGCGCUUCCAGCGCCCGAGUUCCCUACAAAGACGCAUGGUAAUACACUCGAGCAGCUCCUGCGCACGAAGCUCGAUCCCCGGGUUGAAGAUUGGGUGAGUCGCGGGCGGAAAGCCGAUAAUGCAGCUGCGCAGAAUGCGGCGUCUUCGUCGGGUAGUGCGGGGAUGUUCUCUACGCUUCCGUCGGCUACGGCUGGUGGACUUGGUGCUGGUGUGACGGGGGCUGGAGCGGGCGGGCUCAGCGAGGGGGAUCUUGCGGCGUUGUGGGAGUGGGCGCCUGUUGAGGCGAAUGCGGAGGCGAGGAAGAGGUCUUGGGGAGGAAAUUUUACAUUGGAGGAGAGGGAGAGGGGGAUUGAGAGUGUUGUUGCGGAGUUGGGAUUAAGGAGGGUGUUGGAGGAUGAUGAGGAGAGUGAGGAAGAGGAAGAGGAGGACAUGGACCUUGAUUUCGGUGGGAAAGCGGAGGGUGCGGGCGAUAAUGCGGGUGCUGCGGCAGGGGAGCAGGUUUCACCUGUGGUGCCGAUGAAUGAUAUCCUACGGUACAUGACUACGGGUAUAUUGCCGGCGGUGCGGUAA